AUGGAUGAAAGAGGUGUAGACAAUCCAACUAAUAAACCUAUAUUAACAUCGAACACGGGAAACAAUGAUGUAGUCAAUAAUUUGUCCACGCCUACAAGUGCGAAUUCGGUUGUUAUCCCAUGCGAAUUAUCAAAGAGCGAGAUAUCCAUACCCGGGUUUAUCUGCAAAGGACAACUCGUGUUCGAAGACAAUUUCAAUUUUAACAUAGAUGAGAUUAAGAUAUGGACUUCCGAAAUCAUGUUUCCAGGUCAGCCGGAUUACCCGUUCAAUAUAUACGAAAAAAAGGCUCGAGUAGAAGAUGGGAAGCUAUUCAUCCAUCCUAUAACACUGGAAUCAGAUUAUGGAUUUGAUUUUGUUAGACGUUCACUUGAUUUAAGAGAUAGAUGCACUGGCACAAUGUCCAACAGUGAGUGCUAUAGAGAAGCAUUUGGACCUCAAAUUCUACCACCAGCCAUCACAGCUAAAGUUACAACAAAAAGAACGUUCAGUUUCAAGUAUGGGAGGAUUGAAGUAGGGGCAAAGAUGCCCGUCGGUGAUUGGCUUAUACCUUUGAUUCAACUCGAACCACGUGAUAAAAUCUACGGGUCAUUGAAUUAUGCAUCGGGCUUGAUACGUAUUGCCUGUGUAAAGGGCAAUAUUGAAUACUCAAAAAGACUUUACGGUGGAGUCAUCGUGAGUGAAUUAAAUCCGUACAGAAAAGCUUAUUUAAAAGAGAAGGUCGGAAAUGACCAAUGGAACAGAAAGUUUCAUAACUAUUCAAUUCUUUGGAGUCCAAACGAAGUAUCUGUAUAUGUCGAUGGAGAAAAAUACGGCGAGGUUACACCAGGCCAAGGGUUUUCUCAAGAGGCAAGGAAAUACAACGUAACAGCAGCUACAAAUUGGUUAAAAGGCACUCUCAUAGCUCCUCUAGAUGAAAUGUUCUACGUCUCAUUAGGACUUGACGUUGGUGGCAUCUAUGAAUUUCCUGACUCUCCUGACAAGCCAUGGAAAAAUACUUCAAAUAAGGCUAUGUUGGAAUUUUGGAACGCACGCGAUAAAUGGUAUCCCUCGUGGCGUAAAGACGAUAGUGCUUUAGUUGUGGAUUAUGUGCGAAUAUACGCUCUUUAA